AUGAGAUAUGUUUGUUUAAUGUCUUAAGAUUUCGUGACUCCACUUGCUAAAUUAUUUGGAGGAGAUUAGUUAUAAGAGGAAUGUCAGAAAUAUAUAUUAAGUUUCUUAGAAGGUAAAUCUUUUGAAUGA